AUGGAAACGGCUUCAGUCUUGCCAGAACCACUGAGGUCAGAAAGUUUCUCGUCUAGAACGGAUAAUGAGUAUGGCCAAGAUGAGGAGAAAAAUAUAGGUGUCGAUAGAGAUGGCGAAGAAGGAAAAAGAAGAAGAAGAAGAAGUAGUGAUAGUAGUAGAGGCUACAGUGAUGAGGACGAGGACCAAGAGUCCGAGUCCGAUGAUAGAAUAGAGUCAUUUAAUGAGGAAACAGCGCCUCUUGGUGUCUCUGAUACAGACCGAUUAUUCCGAGUUGAAACAAAUAUUAAUCUACAAAGAAAAGCUAGUCGAGAAGCAACAAACUAUGAUGCAUUAAUUCAUGUUGCGUCAAACUCAUCUAAGCCGUUACCGCCAAUGGGGAACGGUAGGCCACAUCUUCCGCCGCCUGCCAGUUCAAGAGAUCCUUAUGUUGUUCAAUUCGAUGGUAAAGAUGACCCAGAACACCCGCUUAAUUUUAGUUUUCGUAAGAAGUUGCUCUUCACAGCUGCCGUGGGGGUGAGUGCGUUUAGUGUUUCUAUUGGCUCGGCAAUGUUUGCUGAAGCUCAAGAAGAUUUAAUGAAAAAAUAUCACAUUGGUACUUCGGUCGCUGCAUUGACUACUUCUUUAUAUGUGUUUGGGUUUGCUGCUGGGCCGGUUAUUUAUGGACCUUUAUCGGAACUAUUUGGGAGAAAGACAAUCAUGGUACCAAGUUGUUUCGGUUAUGUGUGUUUUUCAUUUGCCGUGGCUACUGCUAAAGAUAUACAAACUAUUAUGCUUUGUCGUUUUUUUGCUGGCUUCAUUGGGGCAGCUCCCUUGGUUGUUGCACCCGCUGUUAUGGCAGAUAUGUUUUCGGCACAGACUAGAGGUACCGCGAUUACCUUGUUUGCAACUGUAUUGUUCGGAGGGCCCAUGAUUGCCCCUAUUAUGGGUGGUUUUACCGUAAAGAAUCACGCUUUGGGUUGGAGAUGGACAUCGUAUUUCUGUGGUAUUAUUGGUGUAUUGGCAUUACUUAUGAACACAUUUAUAUUGGAGGAGACUCACCAUCCUAUGAUCUUGAAGAGACGCGCAGAGGAGUUAAGGAGAAGGACGGGUAACUGGGCUAUUUAUGCCCCACAGGAGGAAAUCCAGUUAGAUUUGAAGGAAAUCUGUGAAAACAAUAUUACAAGACCAGUAACAAUGCUAUUCACCGAACCCAUUUUGUUUUUGGUUAGUCUUUAUAAUGCAUUCAUUUAUGGGAUACUUUAUUUGUUCCUUACUGCAUUACCAUUGGUUUUCAUUGGGAAAUACGGAUGGAGUCAAGGUGUUGGGGAACUACCAUAUUGUUCAAUGUUGAUUGGUGUAUUCAUAGGCUGUGGUGUUAUUAUUUAUUAUGAAAAACGAUACAACCAGAAAACGGAAGCAAAUAAUGGUACCCCGAUACCAGAGGAGAGAUUACCUCCAUUAAUGAUUGGAUCGGUGACUUUUACAAUUGGAAUGUUUUGGUUUGGAUGGACUGGUGCAUACGCCAAACAUGUUCAUUGGAUAGUUCCCACCAUAGGAGCAGCCUUCAUUGGUAAUGGAUUGAUGUUGAUUUUCUUACCAUGUUUCAAUUACAUCAUUGAUUGUUAUUUAUUUUAUGCAGCUAGUGCUUUAGCAGGAAACACACUUAUCAGAUCGUCAUUUGGAGCCGCGUUCCCAUUAUUUGCAAAGCAAAUGUUUGUCAAUAUGAAGGUUCAAUGGGCUAGUACUUUAUUGGGAUGUUUGGGAGCUAUCAUGAUCCCUGUACCGGUUUUAUUUUACAUUUACGGUAAAAGAAUAAGAAAAAAGUCAAAAUACGCAUUUGUAUUGGAGUAG